UAUAAGUCACGAGCUUACAAAUGCGCAGUACAGUUUUCGUUAAGACAUCAACAUGAAACUCCUUCUCAUCGCCUCAAUCGUAGCCUUAGCGGCCGCAGACGUAUCACACAUCCUGAACAAAGACAGUUCCGCUCAGAUCCUGAAGCAGGAAUUGGACGUCGGUGUCGAGGGUCAGUACUCGUGGGCCAUUGAAACCGACAACGGGAUAUCUGCGCAGGCGCGAGGCGCUUUGAAAGAUCCACAGGGUGAGAAUCCAGCAGAAGUAGUACAAGGACAGGCACAAUGGACAUCACCCGAGGGUGAAGUUGUAUCACUGCAGUACACCGCUGAUGAAAACGGAUACCAAGUUCAGGGCUCACAUCUGCCAACCCCACCACCGAUCCCCGCUGCGAUCCUCCAGUCUUUGGAGUACAUCAGAUCCCACCCCCCACCACAGAGCGCCAACAACUAAUUUUAUAAUCGCAAAUACCCGCCAUAUCAAAUAGCUAAUGUACCUGUUAUCGCAAACUAUACAUCUUACUUAUCACAAAAUACCAGUUUAAGUAGAAUAAGAUUUUUUAAACAUUUUAUAUAUUUUUGUAUAAAAUAAAUAAGUUAUAGUAA